AUGGUGAUUCUGCAAAAUAUACGACAGCGCCGGCGUAAUACGUUAAAUAACUGUCGUAAAAAUCUCGCGUUGUCAAUGCUGUUUUCCUUCAAAGAAGCGGGGAUCAAGAUGGCGGCAUUCAGCACGGAGAGGUGGCUGGAUGAGCUACCAAACCACACUAUUUUCAAAAAGAUACGAGAGAAGUUGGGUUUGGAGCCCAACUUAAAUGAGAGGGGGGUUGCUAAACAUCUCACGUUUUGUUUAGGCAGUGACUUCUUCGUGUGGGACGACAUAGACCGCGUGUUUUACACGGCCAACUUGCGACAGUUAAACUCGGACGAGAGUCGCAGCGGGAACCACCAGACCUUGCUGUGUAUCAACCCUCCUCUCUUUGAAGUUGGGCAGGUGUUGUUGAGUCCAACGCAGCACCAUGUCGCUCUCAUCGGGAAGAGGGGUGUCUCGGUGCUGGAGCUUCCUCAGCGGUGGGGGAAAAGGUCCGAGUUCGAGGGCGGAAGGAGCGAAAUCAACUGUAAAACCAUCCCGGUGGCUGAACGCUUCUUCACCAGCUCACCGUCUGUCAAUCUACGGCAGGCAGCCUGGUAUCCCAGCGAGACCGACGAGCCACACCUGGUUCUGCUCACAUCCGACAACACCAUCAGGUUUUACGGCUUGAAGUCACCCCAGACACCAGCCAAAGUUUUGCCGCUGUCGCAGUCAGAAGAUGGCAGUGGCAUCCACCCUCCUGCCAGGUCCUAUGCAGCGUCUCUGGGGGAGAUAGCCGUGGCUUUUGACUUUGGGCCAAUCUCAUCCCCACCUCGGCAGCUGGCAGGAUUGUGCUCCAAAGAACAGCUGGUCUACCCUAUUUAUAUCCUCUACGAAAAUGGGGAGACCUACCUGAGCUACACCAGCCAGACGAACGGGGUGAGUCUGAGUAAACCAGUCGGACCACUCCCUAUGUAUCCCGCAGCAGAGGAUAACUAUGGCUAUGAUGCUUGUGCCAUUCUUUGCCUGCCCUGUGUUCCCAGUAUUCUGGUUAUUGCUACCGAAACGGGCACACUUUACCACUGUGUGGUGCUGGAGUCCGAUGAUGAGGAGGAGACGGGGGCAGUGGAGAAGUGGAUCAGAGGAACAGAAGCAGUGCCGGCUCUUUAUGUAUUUGAGUGUGUUGAGCUCGAGCUGACCCUCAAAGUGGCCACAGGAGAGGACGAGGACCCUCAAGAGUUUGAUUUCACCUGCCCGAUCAGACUGCACCGAGACCCUCUGUGUCCGCACAGGUAUCACUGCACACAUGAAGCAGGAGUGCAUGGGGUCGGGCUAAUCUGGGUCAACAAGCUGCAGAAGUUCCUCCAGUCAGGCGAGGAGGAUAAGGACAGUCUCCAGGAGCUGGCUGCGGAGAAGCGCUGUAUUGUAGAGCACAUUCUUUGCACCAAACCCCUCCUAACUAGUCCAUCAGCUCCAGUUCGUGGCUUUUUGAUUGUGUCUGACCUUUCUUUGGGUGCCACCAUGAUCUGCAUCACCAGCAGCUACGAGUGCAUUUUGUUGCCUUUGCUGAGUUCCAUUCGCCCUCCCUCCCCUCCACUGCUGUGCUCCCAUCCAGGUCCGGGCUCUGGUAGCUCACCUCUGCGCGGACUGGCUGACGACUCCUUUGAGCAGCACAUUCGCAAUAUUCUGGCACGUAGCUCCACUAAUCCCUUUGUACUCAAGGCUGGUGACAAGGAAACGUCACCUCCUCCUCCAGAGUGUCUGCAACUCCUCAGCAGAGCCACACAGGUCUUCCGUGAGGAGUACAUUCUAAAGCAGGACAUGGCCCGUGAAGAGAUGCAGAGAAGGGUAAAACUUCUGACAGGCCAGAAGAACAAGCAGCUGGAAGAGAUGGCAGUGUGCAGGGAGGAGAGAAUGAGCCUGAGAGAGGCUGCAGAGAGGUUGGCGGACAAAUAUGAAGAUGCAAAGUAUCGUCAGGAAACCAUCAUGACUAGGGUUAAGAAAGUGCUAGGCAGCCUGCAAAGUCAACUACCCAUACUGUCAAACAGUGAGAAGGAUAUGAGGAAAGAGCUGCAGACCAUCAGUGAUCAGCUGAAACACCUGGACAACUCCAUCAAGCAGGUGAACAUGAAGAUGGAGUACCAGAAGACCCAAGUGGACAAGGAUGUACCAGCAGCCAGGACGACAGUCUCACUGAACGCCCACCAGAAGAAGGUCGUUCAGGAUGUCCUCAGAGAACAGGGACAGCAGAUUGGUGACAUGAUGAAACAGAUUAAAGACAUCAAAAACCACUUCAGUUUCUAAGAACUGCACCAACUAUAACACUGAAAAUGAUUAUAAUGCUCUUUUGAAUUGUUCGAUUAAACCUGAUGACAAGCUGAAAGAGGAUGUUCAGUCAUGCCUUACUCAAAAUGUGUUCAUAUUUUUGAACUGAAAGAUAUUUUGUACAAACUGAUACAUCUUUACCUUUCUUAAUAAAUGUUUCCAAAUAGGGAGUUUUUAAGGUUUCUUCAUGUCUCGUCUUCUACAACGUAACAUCAGUGUUUCCAAGUGUUCAGGUUUGAGUCACUGAGGUUGUCCUUGUGAAAAGUGCUGUGUUUAGGCAGCUAAAUUUGAGAUUUUUGAGCUUAUCUGACUGUUCUGAGCCGUUUGCUUCUAAUUUUGCUCACUUUUUUGAAAUAAUAAAAAAUGUAAAAUCCUCUCUUUA